AAGCUUGCUGGAGAAGAGGCGCGUGGGAAGAGAGGCACGGAGCAGCCUGGGAACUGUAGUUCGGGCCGCGCAGCAAUGGCGUCAUGGUGGGAGUUGAGGUUCUGGGAAACUGCAGAGGCCUGAAAAGAGGUUGUGACAGUGACUUUAAACAUCCAUAGCUCAGCACAGGAAGCAUCUGAUUAAUGCAUGAUUCACCCAUUUAGGACCAGAAUUCAUCUGUUUGUAGCUGAGAUUUGCCACCCGAAGUUCUUUCCUCUCUUGCUGUUGCUGAUAGCCCAUAGCUCACUGGGUGUGGCUGCCAGUGUUGACUUCAGUAUGCUGCGGCGGAAACCAACACGCCUGGAGCUCAAGCUCGAUGACAUUGAAGAGUUUGAGAGCAUUCGGAAGGACUUGGAGACACGCAAGAAACAGAAGGAAGAUGUGGAAGGUGUAGGAACCAGUGAUGGAGAUGGGGCUGCUGGGCUUAGCAGUGACCCCAAAAGCCGGGAACAAAUGAUUAAUGAUCGAAUUGGUUAUAAACCCCAACCUAAGCCCAACAACCGCACAUCUCAGUUUGGAAACUUCGAGUUUUAGGGAUGAAUUCUCCUGCAUGCCAGAUCUCUGGAAUGAAAUAAAAUGAUGUCAGAAAUACAGAACAGAUUUAGAGAAUUAAGUGUGUACAACCAAGGAGAAUGUUUUCUGUCUCCUGCAGAGAGAAAUAAUGUCUGCAUGAAAUUACUGCUGUUCAACUUUUCUGAUAAGCUAGAAGCCAAAUUCUGGCUUGUUUCUGGAAAGUUGAACUGUGGGAAGCUUACCUGAUUUUUGUUUUUAAAAUUAUAUUUUUGGAAAAAUGUGAGACAUCCCUAAAAGUAGUAGCAAUGAAGUUCCCAGUUCUGAGAAGUAAAGGCCACGAGAGGUGAUGUCAUCCUCCUUGUCUUUACAAAAGGACCCCUAACCCGCAGUUGAUCCUCUGAACUUUCAGUUCACCCGUUUAUUCAGUAUUUGGUGACUGCUGACCAUCCUGCAAGCAACAGAGAUUCCAGAUGAGCGUGUUCAUGGCUAUAAACUAGCACUUGGAAGGCUGUGGUAGGAGUCUCAUGAGCUGGAGGCUAGUCUGGGCAACAGAGUAAAAUCUUGUCAGAGAAUGUCUAAAACAAACCAAGACAAAGACUCCUACCCUCAUGGAGAUUGGAUUCUAAUGAACAAACAAAAAAACGAAGAGUCAGAUCCAUUUACAGAAAGACUUCAUACAGCGAGGGAAACACGGACAUUUCCGACAGCACGAGCCACUCUAAUUCUCCCUUUGGGACGCAUCUGAGAAUCCGUGCAGCAGGAACUCGUCUGAACUCUGGAUACUUUUGCACCAUGCCCCAUUUUACCAUGAAAUUUAGGGACAGAAGUACUGGCUGUGGAAGCCAGAACAUGUAGAAUCAAGUUUCAAAGAGACUCAUUAUCUCGGUUUUACCCAGGCUUUUGGAUAGUUCCUGAGUGAUAUAAAUGGGAAGGUAGAGAUAAAAGGGAAUUGUGUAGCUUCCUCUUCCUGCUCCAAACUUUUUAUAAAACCUUUAUUCCAGUUUUAUUGUUUACCCCUAAGUCCUAUUAUCCUACUGUUUUAAAAAAACAAUAAAACCCAAGACACAGGCUGUAGAUUGGGGACUCAUGUUAUUGCAGCCUGCAAAGGCCUUCUAGGGCAAGGAGAAAAAGUGUCUGCCUGCAUCAGUCAGUCCCUCUCUACUGCAAUUCUGCAGUAGGAUUUCCCACAGUUGUUUUUAUGUUUCUGCAUGUCUUGCCUUUUGUACUAAUAGCUGGCAUGCAGAGGUCUGUGUAAGACAGUGCUGAGUGACUCAUGCAGACACCCUUAAUUCCUGAGAGGGAACCAGAGCCUCAUAGAGUGGUAGGUAGGAGAUUUGAACCCUGGGCAGACUGCUUUCCAAGCCCAUGCUUCUAAAUGGCCUUUACUAUAUUGCUUUCUUAGUGUUCUUGUCUGAAAGCAGUAUGGGGAGAGAAGUUUCUAUUUUCAGCUUCCCAAAAUUUCCAUGUUAUCUUAUUUAACAGAAUGAGACAAUUAUUUAUCAGUAGACUAGGACUUAUUGCAAUUGUUAAUCUUUUUUGGGCACAACUACAUUACAUAUAUCAAUUCUGCAUUCCUUAGGAUCUGUUCAUUUCCAGAUUACCAGUACCCAGGAUGUUAGUCAUGUGCUUGUAAUGAUACCGACCUUACUCAGAAGAGCGACCUUUCAUUUCCUAUAUCUUCAGGGACAGAAUAAUCAAUAGAUAGUAAAAGCAUAAUAUGGCUUGGAUAUGCCUGUUCUUGUAUGGGGUACCUUAUCCAUAUUGCUCUUAACGUAAAUUAAAAGGUGCUAUUA